AUGCCCAAAACUAAGCGCUCGGAAGCCACGGUUAGGCGAGAUUAUGCUGCCCUUAUUGCUAAGUGGGAGGACGGGGACCUUGCGGCUGAUCCUGGUCGCAGGGGCCGUAUGCCUUCUGAACUUGUGAAAAUUAAAGAAUCAAUUAUUGAGAAGCAAAAGAGAAAGAACGUUGACCAAUGGUUCGCUCCUAAUAGCAAGGGCCAUAGCUUUAGUGAUCCUCCGGCUGCGACAGCUAUGGAGGAGGGAGGUAACGCCGUUGUAUAA